AUGACAAAUCCCUUCACCAUUUUUAUCACAAAAUCUAAGAGACUUGAGCUUUGGCGCAAGAUUAUCGAUGCUGACUCUCCGCUUUCGGUCGGGGACACUGAUCGUGCUCUAGUCACCGCCAUGCAUCAUCCGGACCUCAUGGACGGCCUCACCAUCAAAGAGACUAGGCAGCUUCAAGCCCUUGCUAGACAUCUCACUGAUGAUCCGUGGUGUGUACCUCCUCCCGAUCGGACUGCUUCUCCAUCGGCGAUGACCACCCUGCCGCCGGCACACUCAGUAAACCCUUCUCCACCCUUAGAGGAUAACAUCUCACUAUCCACAUCUAGGAAACUUGAUCUAGAUUCAUCUAUGCCUGAACAAUUUCCUUCAUCUUUGCCUAAUUUGCAAUUUUGUGUUCAAUCGCUGCCUAUACCUGGAGACUCGUAUGAUCCAUCAUCUCAUUGUUUAUCUGGUGUGAAAGUUUCAUCUAAUGAUACUGCGAAUUUGGUGCCUUUGUCUGAAUUUAUGCAUUCCUUGUCUUCCAAUUUUUCUAUUCGAAAUGUUGCCCAAUUUUUCCGGUCUCCAUCUGCACCUCCACACUGCUCGGCCUUUUCUAUUCCUGUGUCAAUUUCUCACAGUUCCCUCUCAAAAUCUGAGCAUGCUCCUAUACCCAUACCAUCUGCUCAUGAGUCCUUCACUGCUAUCACUGUUCCGCUGGCUACGUCUUCCCGGGAUGGGAAAGACAAAUUUUUUAUUUCAGGUAAUAAGGACAAAAGGAAUCUUGGUGAUAUUGAUGAUGUUGAGGAAUUAUCGGCACCCAAGCAACGAAGACGAGGCCCUGUUCUGCCUCCGCGGAUCACUCGGUCCAAAACAGGGACAAUUCUAGCUUCGUCCUCUACUGUCUCGGCUCCAUCACGUUCACGGCCGAAACGCUCCGGAAAAUCCUACAGGCCUUCUUUGCUAUCUCUGGAAUUGUUAAAUGAUUGGAAGGUGCAUGUCAAACGCGACUCAAUUCUGGAAAAAUCUAUUUAUGUCGAAGAUUUAACCGAAAAGUGCAACAUCAUUCCACUCUUACGUGAUCAACAAAUGUUUUCAUCCCUUCAGACAAUUGGACCUCACUUUGCUUGGUUAACGGCUGAGUUCUACACUAAUCGCACUAUGGAUACAUUUACAGUUGGCUCCCCUCAUUUUCAGCAGGUUUUCAUUCGCGACAAGUGGCAUCCGUUUGGUCCGUCGCAUAUCAAUGCAUUUUUGGGUACGCCGUCACCGCAGCCUACGCCUUAUCCUAGUCCACAUUUACUUGCGGCUGCUCUCACUCACAAUCAAGAGGUCUCUUGGCCGCGUUCUGGUCUUCCAACACUCAAGCUUACUAUGGUAUAG